AUGCAGAUUAAUAAGGUGAAAACGCGAAAAGGAAAACGGGUACUGGAUGAUCGAGCGCCAAAAGUUGUGGAGAAUGACAAGACAGCACUUAUCGUCAAAGGUUCGAAGACGAACCAAACCGUCGUUGAUGCCAUGUUGGAUAUCUACUUGCUGAAAAAGCCAUUGGCUCAACAAUUAAAGAGGCAUAAUCCGUUCCAUCUCUUUGAUGAUGAGACGCCUAUAGAGAAGUUUAUGGAAAAGUAUGACUCAUCGCUUUUUCUGUUUGGUUCGUCCACAAAAAAGCGUCCGAACGGCCUCAUCUUUGGCCGAGCUCAUGAUGGACAUAUUCUGGAUAUGGCUGAGCUACACAUAGUGAAGUAUAUUCCCGCUCGUGAUUUUUUGACACCAAAAGUAGUAUUGGGCACAAAGCCAUGCAUAUGUUUGGAAGGUCCUCUAUUCGAAUCCGACCCUACCAUGAAGAGGAUAGGAAACCUAUUGGUCGACUUCUUUAAGGGACCAACUGUAGACAUGGUAAUCCGCCUUGAAGGACUUGAGGCUUUUCUAUCGUUUACAGCGGAGGAUAAUAUGAUCUACAUGAGAGUUUAUAGAGUGCUGAUGUUGAAGAGCGCUACCAACGUUCCCAGGAUAGAACUCCUAGAAAUGGGUCCGUCAAUCGAUUUCAGGGUGGAUCGUACGAAGAUCGCCAGCGACAGUUUAUUCAAAGCUGCUUGCAAGAAGCCAAAAGCGUUACUGACGAAACGACGGAAAAACGUGUCUGAGGAUGUGCUAGGUAACCAACUUGCUCGAGUUCACAUUGGAAAGCAGAACACACGCGCCAUCCAAAUCAGAAAAGUCAAAGCUCUUAAAAAGUCGAGGGAGGAAUCAUCUGCUGCACAGAUAGGAAUGACAAAAGGCGACUCACAUUUUUACGAGGACGGAGAAAAUUUUGAUAAUGAUGGCAUGGAGUAG